GGCGGCUUUCAAGCACAUCGCAAUUUGGCGUCUGCACACCGUCGCCGAGACUCAAUUACCCCUUCCUCCGUCUCGCCUCCGCCGGUUCGCCCGCCGACGAGAAAGCUCUCCAAGGUAUCCACCAUCACCUGCUCCUCCAGCAAAUGGGCCGAGCGCCUCCUCGGCGACUUCCAGUUCUUCACCACCUCCGCUGACGCUUCUUCCGAGCUCCAACGACAACAACUCUCCCUCUCUUCCUCCAUCACCACCGCCACUCUCCCUCCUCCACCUGUCCCUCGUCCCCCGCCGCCGCCGCCUCUCGCUCCUCCCGAGCGCUACGUCUCCAUUCCUCUCGAUUUCUACAAGGUUCUGGGAGCUGAGACGCAUUUCCUCGGAGAUGGAAUCAGGAGAGCGUACGAAGCUAGGGUAUCCAAACCGCCUGCCUAUGGAUUCAGUCAAGAAGCUUUGAUCAGCCGUAGACAGAUUCUGCAAGCAGCCUGCGAGACUCUUGCCAAUUUCAAUUCCAGGAGAGAAUACAAUCACGGCCUCAUUGAUGACGAGGAGGACACAGUGCUUACUCAGGUCCCUUGGGACAAUGUUCCUGGAGCUCUCUGUGUGCUGCAAGAAGCAGGGGACACCGAGCUGGUUUUAGAAAUUGGAGAGACUAUGCUUAAGGAAAGAUUGGCCAAGCAGUUCAAACAAGAUGUGGUGUUGGUAAUCGCUCUUGCUUACGUCGAUAUGUCGAGGAAUGCCAUGGCGUUCAACCCACCUGACUUCAUUAGGGGGUGUGAUAUGCUAGAAAAGGCCUUGAAGCUCUUGCAGGAGGAAGGUGCAAGCAGCCUUGCCCCUGAUUUACAGGCACAGAUAGAUGAGACGCUGGAGGAGAUCACCCCUCGUUAUGUUCUAGAAUUUCUAGCCUUGCCCCUUGAGGAUGAAUUCCGGACGAAAAGAGAAGAGGGUCUCCAAGGAGUGCGCAACAUAUUGUGGGCCGUUGGAGGAGGUGGAGCAUCGCCACUUUACAGUGGGUUCACUCGUGAAGAUUUCAUGAAAGAAGCCUUCUUGCACAUGACAUCUUCUGAGCAGGUUGAUCUAUUUGUAGCCACGCCACCGAACAUUCCACCUCAGAAUUUCGAAGUGCACGGAGUUGCCCUCGCACUAGUUUCCCAAGCUUUCAUGGGUAAAAAGCCUCAGCAUGUACCAUGUGCUGAUAAUCUAUUCGAGCAACUCCAACAGUCCACUCAUUCAAACACUCUAAAAGAACGUGAGAUGGAGUUUUCACUAGGAAGAGGUCUCUGCUCGCUGCUUUUAGGGGAGUUGGAUGACUGUCAUGCAUGGCUAGGUUUAGACCAGGCUGACUCACGUUACAGAAACCCAGCGGUUGUAGAAUUUGUGCAGGAGAACUCAAAUCAUGAUGAUGUAGACUAUCUUCGCGGGCUUUGUAAGCUGUUGGAGACCUGGUUAACAGAUGUGGUUUUUCCCAGGUUCAGAGAUACCAAAGAUGUAGAGUUCAGGCUUAAUGACUACUAUGAUGAUCCUACUGUCUUGGCCUACUUAGAAAGCAGGGAGGGUGCUGGUCGAUCGCCCCUUGCUGCCGCUACUGCUAUAGUGAGGAUAGGUGCUGAGGCAUUGCAGAAGGUUUUUCCUUUGGGCAGCCAAGAAAGCGAAGAGUUCCUUGAAAAGAUUGUCAAUGAUAACAUUGUCACUGUAGUGACAGAAUCGGUUGGUGAAAAGUUGAAGGAUGUUAGUGUGAAGGCCAUGUGUGCUGGAGUGGCGAUUGGACUGUUGGCUUUAGUAGGAUUGAAGGGUAUGCCUCCUAGAGAUCGGUUCUCUGGCCAAGGAAAGAUAGACCUAGCAACGGCUUCUUCUAAUGUCACUUCUGAAGUAGACAGCAACACGGAAGAAUUGUCAAAACAGCACGCAAGUUUAGCAGAAGGUGUAGUCCGGAAAUGGCAGAAUGUCAAGUCUCAGGCUUUUGGACCUGAUCACUGUUUGGGAAAAUUGACAGAGGUAUUGGAUGGUCGGAUGUUGAAGCUUUGGACAGACCGAGCCGCUGAAAUUGCAAAGCUUGGCUGGGUAUACGACUGUAUGCUAUUGGACUUGACCGUCAACAGUGUAACCAUGUCCUCAGAUGAACAACACGCUGUCGUGGAAGCAACAAUAAAUGAAUCGAUCGCCUUAACCGAUGUUGUUCAUCCUACGAGCGGCCCAAACACUACGACCUACACAACUAGAUACGAGAUCUCGCUUUCUGAUUCAGGAUGGAGAAUCACCGAUGGAGCAUUAUUGAUAUAAGGAAAACCGAUAUGUUGAUCUGGUAGUGUAAGUAUCUUCUGCCUUAUGUCUAUAUAAUAUAGUCUUCAAUAAUAUAGUGAAGCCGUUGUGAACUUUGUUCACGCGAAGAAAUGUCCUAUGGGGAUGUUUUGCAGCUGGCAUCCGGUUGAAAUUGUUUUCAUGAGAGGUUUUUGCUCUUUGCUUGAUAAUGCCGGUUCUCUUUUGUGAUUCAACUGUGAUUGUUUGUUGAUGCCGGUUCCUUGCCCACAACCUUUUUUUUACCACGUAGCAAGUAAAGGUGAAUAAGCAGCGGAAGUCUCAUCGAG